UUUAUUUUUUAUUUUUAAAAAAAGGCAAAACAAAAGAUAAAAGAAAGGGAUUUUUCAAUUUUCAGUUCGUCUCUCAUUUUCUUUGAAAAAUAUCUAAUUUCGCUGUUUUUGUUUGGUCAAUCAGAAAACGAAUUUAAGACGACGGUUCGGUUUUUGUUUUUGUUUUUGUAAAUUUAUCCGAUUGGAAUCUGAGGUUGAGUACGUAAUAAGGGAGGGAGAGGAAGAGGACGUUGAUUUAUACGGUGUCCUAUUGUCUUUUAAAGGAAUUUAGGUUUUGAGAUAUUGGGGUUGGAUUAAUUUUAAUUUUAAAUUUACGUUUAUAACUGUUUUGAUUAUGGGAUUAGGGAGUAAUGGUGGGGAGGAUGUGGUGGUGGACGACAGUGAUGGAGGCGAUGGUGGUGAUUGCGAAAAUGGAGGGAAGUCUUUCGGCUCGGUUUCAUGCUCGAUUUGCCUCGAAACGGUUACUGAUAAUGGGGAUCGGUCGUGGGCUAAGCUUCAAUGUGGGCAUCAAUUUCAUUUGGACUGCAUUGGUUCAGCAUUCAACGUGAAGGGUGCGAUGCAAUGCCCUAAUUGCAGGAAAAUUGAGAAAGGUCAAUGGCUUUAUGCCAAUGGUUGCCGUUCAUAUCCAGAAUUUAACGUGGAUGAUUUGACACAUGAUGAGGACCUUUAUGAUCUAAGUUACUCUGAAAUGUCAUUUGGAGUUCACUGGUGUCCAUUUGGAAGCUUAGCACGACUUCCUUCAUUCGAGGUAGGAGAGUUUUCAUCAACCUCAUAUCAUGAGUUACUGGGACAGCAAGCCAUCUUUGCUGAACAUUCAGCAUCUGCUGCUCAUCCAUGUCCGUAUGUAGCUUACUUUGGACCAACGGUUCAUCCCUCAUCCUCAAAUUCCGGUGGAAGUGUUUCAGAUAGUUCUAGUUUCAACGGUCACUGGAAUGGUCCAUCAGUGCCUAGUGAGAUGCCUACAUCUUAUGCUUUUCCUGCGAUGGAUCUCCAUUAUCAUAGUUGGGAGCAUCAGUCCACUCCAUUCUCCACAUUUAGCAGCCGAAUAGGCAGUUCUGAUCAACCUUCAAAUCCGCCUAUAAAUCAAAGGUCCACCAGGAGCAGUUCUGAUACACCAAGAUCAGCAUCUUUUAUGCAUCCGCUUGUUGGCGGCCACAGUUCUGGUGCAAGAGCAGGGAGUUCCGUUGCUCCGUCAUUGAUCCCUCCUUACCCUGGUAGCAAUGCUCGGGCCCGUGAUAGAGUUCAGGCUCUCCAGGCAUACUAUCAACAACAUCCCAGCAAUUCGCCAACCAUACGGACACCCAUUUUUUCUGGCUCCAGAAGGUCAAGCGGUCAUAGAAAUCAUGCUCAAGCUGGACCCGCAGCCUCAUCAUCUGACCAAGUGGGUGGCUUCUAUUUUAUUCCGUCUGGUACAUCAGGCCGUAACUUUCAAGAGGCAGAAAAUCCUUUGUCAACUCGGUUCCAUCCUUGGGAAAGAGAUCAUCUUUCUCCGUUUUCGCUAAACCAGGUUGACAGAGAAUCGGGUUGGAAUACAUUCCAUCAAUCUGCUACUGGUGCACCAGAUCCCAGCAUAAGAUCCAGCAGUUUCCGCCAGAGGCACGGAUCUGAGAGGAUGCAAUCACAAAAUCAUUCGUAGCUUAUAUCUUCGUCCUUUACACCCUUAUUGGGUGAAGCAAACUACCCUACUAUGAAUGAAACCAAAAAUGUUUUAUGUAUGCUUUGAGAGACGAUAUAUGGUGCUUGAGACUGUCAAUCUUGGCAGGCUGGAAAACUGAGGUGGCCCCCGAAAAGAAAACAAUCAUUUUGGUAGGCCCAUGGUGUUUGUGCUGGAUUUGGCUUCCCUUUGGCUUUGAGGAUAUAUCUAAUAAAAUCUCAGGAAAUCGAUUAUUUGAUAGUAUAA